UGAUUGCAAAAAAAUUAUUGUUCUUAUUACGAAUGUUUUUUAUCACGUAUUAUUUAAUCUCGUAAUGCCACUGAAAUUCAUCGUGUCGCAAAAAGGAGGAAAACAGUUAUUGCUCAAUGAUUAUAUAUAUACACGCAAAACUAACCAAAAUCGAUUGAAGUAAUUGUGGAGCUUCACGAUCACGCUCAUGCACAAGAAGAAAUAGAGAUGGCUCGAACUAAAAGCAUAUAUAUGUAACGCUAUUGAUCGUAUAAUAUCCUCCGUACAUUUAUUUAUUAUAAAAUAUUCUUCCAUUGACAGAUUUAACGCUACGAAAAUAAAAUUUAUCUAAUAAUAAAACUACUCAUUAAUUGAUAUCGAAGCUAGCGAAAGAGUUAGAUCAUGUAAUAAAGAAAAAGAAGAAGUGGUUAGACUCUGAAUGACAAAUUUACCAUCGAUGCUGUCACUUUGAUGUUUGGAAAUAUUUUUUAUUAUCGCUUAAUGAUGAAAAUUACAUAUAUUAUACAGAAAACCAAUUUUGAUUUAGUUAGAACAUAAUACAGUCCUGAAUAUUUUCUACCAUAACCUGAAUAAAAUCCAUUUGUCUGUUAUUAUAAAUAUGGAUUUCGCACGAUAGGUUUUGAUACAAAUCAAUAUUGUGUGGUGCGAUUAUAAAGCUUUUAGUUCACAAACAUAAACAAAACGUCCGUCAUGUGGAUAAACAAGAUCAUUUUAAGUAUAUUUUUUGUGAGUGUGUCAUGCAACAAAAUUGAAUAUACAAACAUAUCUGCCAUACAAAAUCAACUUAUCGUUUUCAAACACAUGAGUCAACUACUCGAUUUGUGUUUCACUAACGUAACGAAUCCGAUUGUUAUGAGUGAAAAUGUAUUCAAUACAUUUCGUCUAACUGCACCCAAAUCAUUGAAGAGACCUAUUAUGAUUAUCAGUACUAAUUUUGAGAACAAAGAUAUUCAACUACAUUUGCAUUCGCAUCCAACAUAUGUGCUGACGGCACAAUCAAAUAUGGAAUUUGGAAAACUCCUUAUCAAAUUAAGAAGCUCACGUUUUUGGAACGUUGCUUCGACAUUCUUCUUAGUUUUGGAGUUAGAACAAUGUGAUGAAUCAGCAUUUACUUUACUUUUUAUACUAUGGAAAGUUAACUCAUUAUCCUCGUUUGUGGUAUGCCAUGAGAUUGGCCGUGGAACUUCACUGUACAUUUUUAACCCAUUCACGAAACGAGCACCAGAUCCAUGGAUUGAAGUUGAAUUAAUUUACGAGCCAAAUCCACAAUUUACAGCUUACAGGCGACCCUUUUCUAAUGAUCUCACAACCUGUUACAAUCUCGACUUCGAUAAGACCAAGUUUUUGGAUCGUUAUCCUAUUAAAGUGGCUGCAUUCACCAAACAACGUGAUUUCAUAGAGAAGGAUGUGUUUCCUCGCUUGAACGUAACUGUGUUGAAAAAUAUAUUUCAACAGGCGAACGAUGCAGAUCUGGCGCAUAAUUCAUUAAUUAACGAUGAAACCGAUAUCAGUCAGGCCCAAUAUGAUGUUAACGACGCGGUAGAUGAAGAUAUCGAUGUAAUUCCAGUGACUAUGGAUAUGCGUUUUAUCAUCGUAACACAAAAAAAAACUUAUAGGUCACUAGUUCGUGACAUUGUUGGUGUUUUUGAUCUUUAUUCAGGUAUCGCAGUUAUCGUUAUUCUAUUGAUUAUUACCAUUAUGAUAAUAUUGACUAAUGGCUAUCAGAUUCGCUUGGCGUUACUAGAUGUUCUUAAGUUGUUAUUAAGUAUGGGGAUGGAUGCACCUCUCGAUCGAUUUGCGAUGAAAAUUCUUUUUUUCACAGCAUUUAUUUUCAUUUUCACAUUUGAUCCAGCUCUCCAAGGGCAACUAUCCGCAAUUUUAACACGACCACCAUCUUAUAACGUAGAAACACUAAAAGAUCUUUACGAUCAUAAGUACCAUUUACAUUAUUAUCAAAGUUUACACCGAGAAAUGAUAGGAGAAGAAUUGUGGACAACCGUUGAGGAUAUGAGGUUUCUACAUCCUAGUUUAGAAGCAUUUCCGUAUAAGUGUCUGAAAUUAGCCACCCAAGAUGAUACAGUUGCGUGUAUUUAUCCCGAAAAUAUGACAAUUAGAGAUGCGUUAGAGAAACAGAAUUUGUACAUAUCAAAAACCUUUUUGUUUCAAUCAAAUUCUGUAUAUUUGACCCGUAGGGAUUGGCCCCUAAAAGAUCAAAUUCAUAAAAAUUUAUUAAACGCGAUCGAAUCUGGUUUCCACCAAAAAUUUGAUAGAAGUAUGAUAAAGAAUCCACUCAAAAAAAAGAGGAAAGUUGAUCGAAUUAAAAAAAUUUUAAAGUAUGAUGAAGUUGACGCGAUUGAUCUUGAAUAUUUUUAUGUAUUUUUUGCAUUCAUUCAGCUUUUAGCAAUUCUUAUAUUUGGCAUUGAAUAUUUGAUUGCACAAUAUCGACGCCGGAGACAAUGAUUCAAUUGCCCCCUUCGAAAAUUUUUAUCUUAAAAUUUUUAUUUUUUGUACUUUAAUGACAAUAAUUGAUUCACUUUUGAAAUUUUUAUGCAAAUAGAGUAAACUUUUUUUUUCAACAUGGACGAUAAUAAUAUAUAUUUUUACCAGUGGGUAUAUAUGUAACUUGCACGAUAUGUUCAUUAACAAAUCGAUAAAUUAUUAUAAUACUUUUUGAUGAUUGUUUCGUAAUUAUUUUGUUCAAUAGACAUAAUUAUGCAAUUGUUUCUAAAUAAUAAAUCAUUAAUGAGAGAAAUUAGCUUGAAAAAUGUGUAUACAUUAGAGAAGUAUAUGGGGCAAGUUCAUGAUUAAAUCUAUCGGUACUAUUUUACAUUGAGUUGAAGAAAAUAGUUUGUUUUUAGAAUACAAACAAGCGACAUUUUUUCAGUCUCUUAUUAGUAAAAAUAAUUAAUAUGAAUUUUAAUGAUUUACUAAUACUUCUAAAUAAAAUUUGAAUUCUCAUUGUGUCAUUAAUUUUAAUUGCAAGUUAUAGAAUACAGCGAUACAGUUUAUUGUAAAUAAUUAAAUUUAUAAUACGACUAGCCAAUAUUGAUUCAAACAAUAUCACUUGAAUUAUUUUGAUGAAUUUUUUAAACAAAUUUGGAUUGUGACUUUGUCUUCCAAUUUCAACAAAUUUAGUGAUUGCUACAAAUAUUAUUCAAUAACGAGAGAAACAGAGUUAUUCUGCACAUAAAUCAAUAUCGUUAGAAUUACACUCGGAGUUUCAAUGUCAUGCUUACAUGCAAAAAAUGGCAUUUUCUAUAUGAAUCGACAUUAUAUUAUUUUAAGUAAUUAUCAAGCUUCUAGGCCACAGUCAUAUGUCGCAUGCAAGAAGAAGUACCGAUGCAUUAGACUAAUACAAUGUACGUGUAGAACUAUUGAUCGUUAUUUGUUUCAUUUUGCAAACUGAUGUGAAACAUUUUAUUUAAAUUCGAAUCUAACUAUUGCUUUUUUCGUAAAUUUAUUUAAUUAUGGAUCUUUAUUCAAUAUUGUAAAUUGGUCGCGUUAAUAAUUCCAGAAGAACUUAAAUUUGUAUACGCUCAUUACCUAGUAUUAGGAAACUCUCUAAAGUUAAAAGAGCGUGUAAUUUUAUUUUUAUCGUCAAUCCUUCCAUUGACGUUUUUAAUAGCUAAAAAUUGAGAAAACUAAAUUUUGAAAACCAAUAUGACAUUUAGCAUAAAUUAUACGCCUUUUUGGCUUUCAAACUUUAUUUUUCCUAUCAUCAGUUUCAGGAAAAGUCUACAAUAUGAUUAGCAGUAAAAAAUAAAAUCAUGCACCUUUUGGUUUUCAAUUUAGUGACUGAAGCCAUAAGAGCGUAUAAAAAUCUAAGUACUUUUGGAACUUGUGACGCAAAGCAUUAAUUUAAUCAACUAUACAAUAAGCAAAAUAAUUCAAAUCCAGAAUCAUCAAAACGUAGAAUAGAUAAAUUAAUGGCCUAUUUGGCACCUAGAUUUAAAUCAACGUCUUUUAGUAUAUCAAAAGAUGAUUGAAAGUUAAGAAAAAAGAAGAUAAUCUAGAUGGAACACGCGAAUCGAUUGAAAAAUGUGCAAUGACGCAUUUAUUUACCACCAAGUCAGUACUUAUUAGCCAAUAGCUUCAUUCCACCGCUCUUCAAAGUGAUAAUCCUCUUCAUAAUGGAAAGAACGCAUGCGUAGAUCACUUUGUUAAUCUACGUGGAAACAACACACACAUGAGUCCUCACUUGAUGAAGAACUUAGUAACUCAAAAGAGACCGAACAAUAUAACUUUUAGUGUUCAAAUGAGUCAGUUCUAAUUGUACUAUCACUUUAAGUAGACGUUUGUUCUAUAGGAAUUUGAUUUAUUUAUUUUCGUUAAUAUUAUGAUUAUAAAAUAUCAAUAAUGAUAAAAUUCUUUGCUCAGAAUAAUCAGUUUAAAUAAUUUAGUUUAUCAUUACAAAAUCGAUUUGCCGUGGAGAAUAACAAUUAAUCUGAAAGUCAUGUGGAUAAAGAAUAUUAUUUUGUCUUUUUUUUUUGUGAGCGUUUCGUGCAAUAAAAUUCUGUAUAGAGAUAUAUCUGCUUUGCAAAAUGAUCUAGUUGUCUUCAAACAUACGAGUCAACUACUCGAUUUGUGUUUCUCUAAUGUAACGAAUCCAAUUGUUAUGAGUGAAAAUGUAGUUGAUGCGUUUCGUGUAACUGCACCUGAAUUACUGAAGAGACCUAUCAUGAUUAUCAAUAAUAAUUUUGAGGCAAAAGAUGUUCAGCUCUAUUUGCCUUCGCAUCCAACGUACGUGUUGUCUGUACGGACGAUUGCAGAAUUGGAGGAACUCCUUAAUAAAUUAAGGCGCUCACCUUCCUGGAACAUCGCGUCAACGUUCUUCUUAGUGUUGAAGACGAAAAAAUGUAAUAUAUCGGCGUUUUUGUUACUCUCAAAACUCUGGUCCUUUAAUUUAUUAUCCUCGUUUGUGGUAUGUCACGAGGUUGGCCAUGGAACCUCACUCUAUACUUUUAACCCAUUUACGAAACGAGCACCAGAUCGGUGGAUUAAAGUAAAGUUAAUUGACAUGCAGAUUCCGCGGUUUACUGUUUACAAACGACCAUUCGUUAAUGAUCUCACAAUUUUUGACAAUCUCAAUUUCGAUAAGACCAAGUUUUUGGAUCUUUAUCCUAUUAAAGUGGCUGCAUCCAACAAAUAUCGUGAUUUCAUAGAGCAAGAUGUAUUUCCUCACUUGAACGUAAGUGUGAUCAAAACUAUGUUUCGACAAACAGAAAAUUCAGACCCAGUUUUUGAUUCGUUAAUUUACGGUAAAAAAGAUAUCAGUCAUAGUCAAUAUGAUGUUAACGACCUGCCAAAUGAAUACGUAGACGCAAUUCCAGUGACUUACGACUUGAGUCUUGUCAUCGUAACCCAAAAAAGAACUUUCAUAUCUCGUGUUCGUGAAAUCGUUAGUAUUUUUGAUCUUCAUUCUGGUAUCGCAAUUAUUAUUAUUCUAUUAAUUAUUACCAUUAUGAUAAUAUUGACUAAUGGCUAUCAGAUUCGCUUGGCGUUCCUAGAUGUCCUUAGGUUGUUAUUGAGUAUGGGGAUGGAUUCACCUCUCGAUCGAUUCGCGAUGAAAAUUCUUUUUUUUACCGCAUUCUUAUUUGUCUUCACAUUUGGUCCAGCUCUUCAAGGGCAACUAUCCGCGAUCUUAACAAGACCACCAUCUUAUAACGUAGAAACACUAAAAGAUCUAUACGAUCAUAAAUACCACUUGCAUUAUGAUUUAAGUUUACACCGACAGAUAAUAAAUGAAGAAUUAUGGACAACAGUUGAAGAUAUGAGCUUUCUACAUCCUGGUUUCGAAGUAUUACCCGAUGAUUGUCUUAAAUUAGCCACUCAAGAUAAUACGGUCGCGUGUAUUUAUCUUGAACAUUUGACAAUUAAACGCGCGUUGAAUGAAAAGAACUUGUACAUAUCAAAAACAUUCUCAUUUAAAACAAAUUUCGUUUAUGUGACCCGUAGGGAUUGGCCCCUAAAAGAUCGAAUUCAUAAAAAUUUAUUGAAUGCGAUCGAAUCUGGUUUCCGGCAAAAAACUUUUAGAAGUUUGAUUAAAAAUCCACUGAAAAAAAAGAAAAAAGUUGAUAGAAUUAAAAAAAUUUUAAAGUAUGAUGAAGUAGACGCGAUAGAUCUCGAAUAUUUCUAUAUAUUUUUUGCAUUUAUUCAGCUUUUAGCAGUUCUUAUAUUUGGCAUUGAAUUUUUGGUUGCACAAUUUCGGCGUCGGAGACGUUAAAUAAUAACUUUGUUAUUUAGAUAGUGAGUUUUUUUCUAUGAUUGAUAGCUGCUAUAUAAUAACGUAUAAUUCUUCCUAUUAAUUUGAGUAAGAUUAAAAAAUUUUCGAAUAAUUCGAAACUUCGAAUAAUCCGGAAAUUCGAAUUAUUCGAUUCAAAUUACGAAUCAAAUGAUUAUAUUGCAUUCGAUAGGAAUUCGAUUCACACACCUCUAUAUGUAUAUAUGUCAUUAUUUGCUUUUAAGUGGAGACAAUAUUAUUAUCUUAUCCACCAAUGAUUCCAAAAAAUCUAACUAGAAGAUGAAUGAUCUUAAAAUAACGUCAAUUGAUGUGAAUCCACUUUGAAGUUUUAAAUAUAACAUUUUUCCUGUUAUAAAAUAUUAUUCCUAUUUAAAAUAAAUACUUAAUGCAUUAGUGACACUAUUUAUUCAUUUUUACUAUUGACUGACUUAUAAAAAAAAGACCAUGUAGACUUUUCACCGUUGAUCUCUAAAAGUAUUUUAUAGAUUGCGAUUAAUAUGUUAAAUUAUAAACAUCAAUUCAAAUAUAAUUCGUUUCAUGAAGUUACAGAUAAUGGCAUAAUAUGAAUCUAUUGACGUUUAUUACCGAAAAAUAUAAAUAAUUGUUUUUUUUAAUAAUUAUCGCAAUUAUGUAAGAAAUUUUUAGCGUUCCUGUGGAGUUAUUGAUAAUGAAGAGUGAUGCGAUAUGUAUAAGUUUCUUCGAAUUUAUUGUUGUCCUAAUAAGAUUUUCGUAUAUUUAUAUGAUUGUUAAACUGUUUGUUUACCAUAGUGACUU